AUGCCAAUUGCCAAGAGACUGGCCAAGGCCAUGAAGUUGGACACCUAUAACAUCUUGCAAAACAACGGUAAGAUCGCGCAUCAGGAAGUGGACCAUGUGCAUUUCCACUUGAUUCCUAAGAGAGACGAGAAGACCGGGUUGAUCGUCGGCUGGCCAGCUCAAGAAAGCGACUUUGAGAAGUUGGGUAAACUACACAAGGAAUUGCUUGCUGAGCUAGAAGGCUCCGAUUGA